AUGGGAGCUUCACAAACACGAAUAGAAUUCAUUGAUAAUAUUUAUAAAAUGAAUAGACUUGAUCCUCAAAAAGAUAAAUUAGUUUUAAAAAACUUAUUAAAUUAUCAAAAAUAUAUGAGAAGAGAUUAUAAUUUUGAAUUUAAUCAUUUAGCAUCUUUAUAUUUCAUUGAUAAAAAGAAAGAAGGUUAUUUUAACAGAGAUGAUUUAUUAGAAUUUACUGGAAUGUUUGUCCAAUUUAAAAUUAAGAAUGAAUAUGAUUAUCUUCGAAAAUUUCAAGCUUAUGCUUCAACUGAAUUCUGGAAAACUUUACAAGAAUCUCAAGGUCAAUAUCAAGUUACUGAAUGGAUGUUAAGAUUAUUUAAAGAAAGUCGUGGUAUUAAAAUGUUUAGUGGUUCAAAAGAAGUAUUUUUUACUUCUGCUAAUAUUAAAGAAAUAUAUCAAGUAUUACGUGUUGAAGAUUUUAGUGGAUCUACUGUUGAUGAAUUCAUGAGACUCUUCCAAAAAGUUGCUGAAGAUUCUGGACAAAUAGAAUUAGGUGAUUCUCAAUUUGAUGAUGUAGUCCCUGCAAUGGUUGUUGCAGAAUUUUUUAGGUACUUCUUAGAUGAAUGUUAUUCAUAUUUACAAAAUAUCUUAUCAACAACUUCCACCAAACUAUAA